UGAUUAUGCAGAAACAUGAAACUUGACUAUGUGCUCGAGCAAGUUUUACUUCUCCCUAGUGCAGGGGUGUUUGCCAGCAGGCUGCACUCUCAGAAAUCAGGCUCAAGUGAUUGGGACCCUUGAGAUCAAAGGCUUACCAUGCUCCUCCCGAGGAGGGCCAGGGACUGCUGACGUUACCACUGGACAGUGAUUUGUGGCUCAAGUAAUUACCAAAAAGAAUGGACAAGCUUAAUAAAAUAACUGUCCCUGCCAGUCAGAAGUUGAGCCUGUACGGGGUCAAAGUUCUCUUUUUACAGUGGAAAGACUUUUAAUUUCAUGUCAUCACGACAUCCAAAAAGCAUCACAGUGGCCCAACCAACCCCAGAUGAUUGAGCCUAAUUUACUUGAUGAAUGCUGAAAACAACUAUCAACAUGAUUAAAACAAAAUCUAUUCAUGUGCCUCAAAAGCAGCUUCAAAAGAUGGUCCAUGAUAUUAAGAACAAUGAAGGUGGAAUAAUGAACAAAAUCAAAAAGCUGAAAGUUAAAGCACCUCCAAGUGUGCCUCGAAGGGACUAUGCCUCAGAGAGCCCAGCUGACGAAGAGGAGCGGUGGUCAGAUGACUUUGACAGCGAUUAUGAAAACCCAGAUGAGCACUCGGACUCAGAGAUGUAUGCGCUGCCUGCGGAGGAGGCUGGAGAUGACAGCUAUGAGCCGCCGCCCGCUGAGCAGGAGACCCGGACAGUUCACCCGGCCUUGCCCUUCACCAGAGGCGAGUAUGUAGACAAUCGAUCCAGCCAGAGGCAGUCUCCGCCCAUCAGCAAGACCCUCCCCUGUAAACCCAACUGGCCUUCGGCAAAGGUGCGGCUGGCCGCCACUCUGCCAGCCCCAACUUCUUUGCAAAAACCUCAAGUCCCACCCAAACCCAAAGAGCUCCUCGACGAUGAGGCUGAUUAUGUGGUCCCUGUGGAAGACGAAGAUGAAAACUAUAUUCAUCCCACAGAAGACAGUUCAGUCCCAUCUGAAAAAGCUCCCAUGGUGAAUAGAUCAACCAAGCCAAAUAAUUCCUCAAAGCCAGUCUCUCCUCCAGGGAAAGCUUCAGGUCGAAACAGCGGAGCCUGGGACUCCAAGUCAACUUCUUCACCUGCUGCACCGUCCCCACGGCCCAGAGCCGGGAAAAGAACAGCUCCACCACUGAAGACAACUCCAGUUGCCUCUCAACAGAAUGCCUCAACUGUUUGUGAAGAAAAACCUAUACCUGCUGAACGCCACCGAGGGUCUAGUCAUAGACAAGAAAGUAUGCAGUCACCAGUGUUUCCUCCUGCCCAGAAACAAAUCCAUCAAAAACCCAUACCUCUGCCAAGGUUUCCAGAAGGCGGAAGCCCAACCGUGGAUGGCCCACUACCCAGCUUUUCAUCUAAUUCCAGCUUGUCAGAACAGGAAGCUGAUGUUCACUGUAAACCAUGGUAUGCUGGUGCCUGUGAUCGAAAGUUGGCCGAAGAGGCAUUAUACAAAUCAAAUAAGGAUGGAUCAUUUCUUAUUCGGAAAAGCUCUGGCCAUGAUUCCAAACAGCCAUAUACACUAGUUGUAUUCUUUAAUAAGCGAGUAUAUAAUAUACCCGUGCGAUUUAUUGAAGCAACAAAACAGUAUGCUUUGGGCAAGAAGAAAAACGGUGAAGAGUACUUCAGAAGUGUUGCUGAAAUCAUCAAGAAUCAUCAGAAUAAUCCCCUGGUUCUUAUUGACAAUCAGAAUAACACAAAAGAUUCCACAAGACUGAAAUACGCAGUUAAAAUUUCAUAAAUUAAAAAAAAAAUUUUUAAAGGAGGUCAACAUCAUUGCUUCAGACAUCUCCUUUCUACUUUUGAGAAAAAGUCCCAAAACUUCAUAUUUCGGGUUAUGAAUCAUCCAGUAAUAAAAUAGAAGAUAAGGAAGAUAUUGAGGUGGUCAUCGAUUUUUUUUUUGAGAAGUUCACAUGGACUUAUUCUAUUGCCUGACCUGAUGAACUGUUAAAUAUCUGGUGAGGCUGAGUUAUCAUGCUACUAACAUUCUCCAAAUAAAUGUCUUUAUUUAAAAGAAA